AUGAGAGGCGACAGCAUGGGCAGGAUCGAGAGGGUCUUACCUUCUACUUGCUUCUACAGUCGACAGACUUUACUGGAGUUACGGGAGCGGGUUCUGGACAACUCGCCCCAAGACACCUUGCUGUUGGAGAAUAUUCCUCAGGAGUUGAUCAAAUCUAAGCGGAGCAGGAAACCCGGAAGACGAGGGGGAGUCAAGAACCGGCUUCGGCGAAGAUUUAAUCGCCCACCGCUACCCUCUAUUGUCUUCACAAAUCUGCGUUCCUUGAGCAAUAAAGUUGACACCAUACGGGCAUACAGCAGAUACUGUAAUGAAUUUCGCGAAGCAUCUCUACUCUAG